AUGGAUAACAAACUUCAGGGCUCGCCGUACGAGUCGUCACCGGACAUGGAUUACUACGACUAUCAGGUGAACUACAUCCGCAACAGUCGUGCCAUCGGUGUCUUGUGGGCCGUCUUCACGAUGUGCUUCUCCAUCAUUAAUGUCGUGGUCUUCGUUCAGCCGCAAUGGUUGGGCGACACCGAGACCUCCCCGGGAACCGGCUAUUUCGGACUCUGGAGGUCGUGUCGACUGCUCCAAGACGGACAGGACCUCAUCUGCGAGGGAAGGCUCGAUGACUUCAGCACAAUCCCGACCCCAGCCUUCCGGGCGGCCACAGUGUUUGUGGGCCUGUCGGUGGUCACCAUAAUGUUGUGUUUGCUAUCAAUGCUCCUCUUCUUCUUCCUCCACUCGUCCACAGUCUUCCACAUCUGCGGGUGGAUGCAGGCGACCACCGCCUUAUGUAUGUUAGUGGGAGUACUCAUAUUCCCGUCCGGUUGGGACUCCCAAGCCGUUAAGGAGGUGUGCGGUAACGACGCCGACAACUACCUGAGCGGUCAGUGCGGCAUCAGAUGGGCAUUCAUUUUGGCGAUCAUCGGUGUCAUCGAUUGCAUGGUUUUAUCCAUUUUGGCCUUUGUUUUGGGCACUCGUUAUGUCAAGUUAUUGCCCGAUCAGUACCUGUCCAACGGCUCCACAUAUAAAGGUGAAGUGAACUCGGCGUUUAUGGCCGACAGCGGGAGUCGUAAAUCAUUGCAUUUACAGCCGGUUGUGAUGAUGUCGGGCGCCGUCACCGAUGCCGAGCGCUUCUCCGAGUAUUCCCACCGAACGGGUCGUUCCCACAAAUCCAAUGGUUACCACCCGUCCUCUUUCAACAACUUUCAACUGUAGGCCCA